GUACUACACAAAACACUUACUUUCUUCGAAGUGCUGUGUGUUUUAAAACUGUGCUGACUCCGAGCGUGACGCAGCAUGAUGGAGUUCCCGCCUUUCUUUGUGAAGCUGCUCUUGCUGGAGCUAGCAGUUCUUGGAGCUGUAAUAUAUAGUGCGUUAGCGGUAAAGCCUCAAAGGCCUGGAUGGCCGCGGUUUCUCUCAGCAAUUCCGGCCUUUGUGGUCUUCGGACUGAGUCCUAUGCUGGUUCAAGAGAGCAUGGUGCUGUCUGGCUGUGUGGGUCUGACGGUCAUGUGGGUCGCCAACUUCAAACUGCUGGCCUACACCGGCAACCGCGGCGCGCUGGCGCACCCGGACGUGCAGGCCAGCGUGCUGGUGUGGGCGGCGCUGCUGGUGCUGCCCUUCUUCCCGGCCAAGAGCGGCCGCGCCCCGGCGAGCAGCAGCAGUGGCGUGGCGGCUCUAGGGGUGCUGCUGAAGCUGGGCGUGUGGCUGGGUCUGAAUGUGGUGCUGCUGGCGCCACAGGGCGUGCCGCCCGUAGCGCGGCACGUGUGCUACGCGGUGUACAUGUGGAUGUUCGUGUCGCUGUGCCUGGACGCCGCCAUGCCGUUGAGCGGGGCGCUGCUGGGGGCGGGGCAGCGCGGCGGUGGCCUGGCGCUACAGCCGGCCAUGGACGGGCCCUACGCCGCCACCAGCGUGCGCGAGUUCUGGGGCCGCCGCUACAACCAGAUCGUGUCGGCCACGCUGUUGGAGACCGUGUACAAGCCCAUCGUGCAGGGCAAGUGGGUAGCGCCAGCAGCGAUAGCACCAGCGCCGGCACCCACAGUGCCUGCACCCGCUAGGCCCGUUGCCGGAGCGGACACGCCAGCCAACGGCAACGGCAUCGGAACCGGCAGCGGCGAGGGCAAGGCGGCGCACAAUGGCGCCGCUGCUGGCGCCGGCGUCGCUGUUCGCGCGGGGCCAAAGGCCGCGGCGCCGGCGCCUGGCCAUGCCGGCAGCAGCAGCAACAGCAACAGCUCGGGUGCUAGCGGCCGGCCUCGCACACCCAUGCCUGUGAUGCUGGCAGCGAUGGGCGUGUCUUUCUUCAUCAGCGGCGUCAUGCACGAGAUCUGCAUUGCGUUCAUGUGCGGCGGGCAGCUGGAGGGCAGCUACCGCAUGCUGGGCUUCUUCCUGGUGCAGCCGCUGAUGAUCCUGGUGCAGGACACAGCCACAGCGGUGCUGAUGCCCAAGGCCUUCCGGGAAAGCACGCCGGGCCGGCUGCUGCAGACGGUGGUGACGCUGGCCAUGGUGCUGGCCAGUGCGGAGCUCUUCUGGGCGGCACUGGAGAGCUGCCGCAUCGACGAGCGCGGGCUGCAGGAGGUGGUGGGGGCCAUGCAGCAACUGGCGGCGGCGGCGGCACGGGCGGGGCUCCUGCCAGCGGGGGGCAGGGAGGAGCUGUGAGGCGUCGGGACUGGGUGAGGCAGGGUGAGGCAGGGUGAGGGACGCUGAGGCGGUAUGUGGCGCCGGCACACGCGGGGUGCGUGCGGAGAGCGCUGUAAGUAUACCGGUGUGGUCGUGGUCGGACACGAUUGGAAGAAUUCUGUUACGCAGCACUUUGUGCGGUUUUGUACCGAGAACGGUGUGUGGAUUGAGCUGAGGACCUGCCACCGCCUGAUGCACGGCGGUGGCGGCUGAGUUGUACGAGUAUGCACAGAUUGUACAACACGAUAUAACACUUUUUGACUGUGACAGUGUUAGGACAUUGCGUUCGCAUACCCUAGUAUGGGUACAGGAAUGCCCGCAACGUGUGCUAAGACUCCUGCGAGGAUGGUGAAUGUGAACCGGAGCGUGAAGUGGUGGAGCGGCAUGCGACACGGUGGACAAGGGAGAGCAGAGUGUGGAUUACGGCAGACCUCAGACUUCCGUUUGCGUUUGUUGGCGUCGACGGAUGGAGCCGGCGGGACUGGGUUGGAAAUUGUACUGGGG